AUGGACUUCUUUCGCCCAUCUCGUUGGGCUCUCGAGCCCGAAGAGUCAACCUUUGCGCCGACAUCGCGAUGGAGCAACAAGGACAUGGACCCCGUGCCCCCGAACCAGCGGACUUGGACGACAUGGAACUUCGUCGCAUACUGGGUCUCCGACGCGACGAACACCGCGGUGUGGGAGCUCGCUAGCAGCAUGCUCGCGGUCGGCCUUUCCUGGCGUCAGGCAUUACCCGCGAUCGCCGUGGGGCAUGUUAUCAUCGCCAUCUGCACCGUCUUGAACGGCUUGCAGGGUGCGCGUCUGCACGUUGCGUUCCCCGUCAUCAACCGCGCCUCCUUCGGCUUCUGGCUCAGCUACUUCCCCGUCAUCUCGCGCGUCGUUCUCGCGAUGUUCUGGUUCGGUAUCCAGACGUACGUUGGGUCGGAGUGCAUCUAUCAGAUGCUCAAGGCUAUCUGGCCUUCGACGGCGCGCAUACCGAAUCAUCUGGCCGCGGACGCGAACAUCACGACGUCCGGCAUGAUGUGCUACUUCCUCUACUGGCUGCUACAAUUCCCCUUCAUGCUUGUAUCGCCCCAGAAAAUUCGGUUCCUCUUCAUCGCGAAGUCCAUCGUCGUCCCUUUCGCGUGGCUGGCUAUCUUCAUAUGGUCGCUGGUGAAGGUGCCAACAGCCCUCAGCCUGGAGCCCAAGCACAGUCAAUUGUCUGGCUCUGCCUUCAGCUGGGCUUGGUUGAACUCGCUCAACAGCGCGUUAGGGAUCUACGCCACACUGUCAGUGAACAUUCCAGAUUUUACGCGCUACGCGAAAACCGAAGCAGCGACUUAUGUUCAGCUCUUCAUCAUUCCGAUCCUCUUCACCUUCGUCGGUUUCCUUGGUAUCGCUGUCACCGCAGCUGGCGAAGUCCUAUACGGCGAGACACUUUGGGAUCCGCUCCAGCUCAUUGACCGAUGGGAUAACCGUGCGGCGGCGUUCUUCGGCGCCUUCUCGUUCUUGCUCGCCACAAUCGGCACGAACAUCUCGGCCAACAGUCUUAGCGCAGCGAACGACAUGACGGCGCUCUUCCCGCGUUAUAUCAACAUCAGGAGAGGGCAGAUUAUCUGUGCGAUCCUGGGUGGCUGGGCGCUUUGCCCAUGGGAGAUCUUGGCAAGCGCCCCAGGCUUCCUCACCUUUAUGUCUGGGUACACGAUCUUCCUGGGACCUUUCGCUGCUAUAAUGAUCGUCGAUUACUGGAUUAUCCACCGCUGCGCCGUCGACCUACCCGCGAUGUAUGACCCGCACGGUCGUUAUAGCUAUUGGAAGGGCAUCAACUGGCGCGCACUCGUCGCGCUUCUCGUCUCCGUACCGCCCACGAUCCCGGGCCUUGCGGCGGCGAUCAACGCGAGCAUAACGCUAGGGCCCGUACGACAUAUGUUCGACAUCGCAUGGCUGUAUGGGUUCUUCACCGCUGGCGUCUUCUAUUGGGGUUUGUCGGCGCUGUUCCCCGCGAAGGAGACGUUCAUGCCUGCGGUCAUUCUCGACCGCGACGUACUUCCUACGCGAGCGAGCUCGACAGACGGGGAGACGGAUGAUGAGAAGAAGGAGGGGAAUGUCAGUGUGAGCGUCAAACCUGAGGGUUUGUAA